UGAAUCAUCCCAAAUCAAAACAACCAGAUUCACAUGCUCCGCCUCCUUCAAACUGGGGAAAAUUUGGGGAAAGUUCAUCACUUCACGCCAAUGCUCCUAGGGCAGAGGAUCCAGUCUGUGAGCAGGCUAAGGCUAUUAAACAAACAUCGGAUUGGAUAAUAACAGGUCAGGUAAAUAACUUUAUAGUGUUGCGGGCAGGCAGGAACCCUAGCCGCCGACUGCCCCGUUUUCAUCUGCAGUAUCAUUAAUCUGCAGGGUUUAUCCACAGCGCAAUCAAACUAAAACCCCGUGGCUCUGCGUUUUGUUCUUGAGAGGAUGGUGAAAAUCAAAACUGGGUAUGUCAAUCCAAAGCUUGGAUUUUGGUUUGCCAGCAGCGCUUUCAAACCCCAGUUGUAUUCCUCUUUGCCGCGUACUGACCAUUAUCCUCUGUUUGAGGACAUUAUAGUUCCUCGCUUGGCUUCCCGUCGUCCCCUUCUUGGUGGAACUGCCCUGUAUAGACCCUUAGACCAUCCUGAGAUUUUAAGGAUAGCUCGAAUCGCGGUUAAGCAGUACAACCGGCAGCAGAAUACACAGCUUGAGUUUGUGAGAUUGCUGAAGGCAUACAAACAAAGUGCGGUUGGUACAUUGUUUUCUCUUACUUUGGAGGCAAUUGACGUUGGUGUGAAGAAAAAGUAUUUUGCAAAAAUUUUGAGAAAUGCUAGCGAGAAUUGCAGAUUGGAGUUAGAAUCAUUUCAGCUUGUUCCUAACAAGAUUGAAACAUAAUUGGCAUGCCAGGUAACCAUUUUACAACUCUGUGGUCGGACCUUUUCAUGUCUGGUGGCCUAUAGCAAAGGAAAAAGGAGCUCAACAGAUUCUGGGUUCAAUCCCCGGUUGAAUCGUCAAUGUUUUUAGGUUUUUGAUUUUGAAUAUGUGUUCCAUCUUAAUUAAAUGGAGUCAUGUGCCUUGUCUUUUGGAAUUAAUUAUGCAAGUGAUUUUAUAUUAUGAUAUUUGGAUGGGUUGUAUCUUAUUCUAGGAUAUUUGCUGAUGGGGGUUGUGGGAUAAAAUAGGACAAUUCUUCUCUCUAGUUGGGAUGUGGACUCCGUGGUUGGCCCAUGAAAAUCAACAACUCGCUUUAGUUUGAUUUGGGACUAGAGAGAAGUCUGGGCCAUAAAAUUAUAUAUAGUCGUCGACAUUGGGUUGCUUGGGCGUCUACUUUUUUGUCCAUGUGAGCAUGAUAAUAUAUAAUUAUGACACAAUUUAGAUUUUUAUCAUAUGAUGUUGAAGGUAAA